AAACAAAAAUCUGUUAUCAAAAACGUGUUUUCUGAUAACAACAACCGGAAAAUAGCAAAAUUUUGUUCAAUUUCGUUGAAAUUUUGUAUUUUACGCACUUAAUUUAAUUAUUCUCACCUCUAUCGUAUGCUACGUUCACUCGAUAAUGUCGAAAUGUCGCUACUAAAGCUAACACCUCUACUGCUCAAUGUUUCAAAACACCAUCUCCGGCGUCUUCAAAUACGAAACUUCCAUCCAAGUUGCAGUCAGCUAUGUCAGUAUAAACCUCAAGCCGACCUACCGGUGGAAUUAAUCAGCAUAGAUCACGAUGAAUAUGGGAAAUUGAUGACUAUCUAUAAAUUUCCUUACAUAACACAUUCUCAGCUUAUCUUCAAUUCGAAAUUUUAUCUAGCUUUGUUCUACUUUCCGGCAUGGAUAGUCGAAGGUAUAGCUUAUGCUAGCGGUGACAUGAGUUACGAUACUUUGAUAACCUUUAAUAUUGUCAAAGCUGUAUUUUUAGCUAAAUGUUUAAUACUUAACAAAUGGUUUACUCAUCUCGUAGGGUUUAUUUAUAAAACCGAAGAUGAUCAAAUUGUAAUAGCUUAUGUGAACUUUAGAGGUAGAAGAGUCGACGAGAAGUUUUCUAAAGACGAAUUAGUCCUAGAAUGUAAUAAAGUGAAAGCUUUAGAUAAAUUAUACGUUAAUUUACGUUGUUUGUCUACCGGUCGUACGUUUAAGUUGAAUUUAAAAUUAUCUAUCAUGGAUGAAAUGACUAUGACUGAGUUGUUUGGUACAUUACCGGAGUCUGCGUUUUGAAUUUGUUGUUUUUUUUGUUUAAAUAGAAUCGUUUUGUAUAUUAAUUGUAGUUUAAUUUAUUUAAGGUAAUGGAUAAUGCAUUGUGAGAUUUUUUCUCAAAGUGGAAACUAGAAACACUGGGAUUUUUUGACACAGAUAUUCUCCUAUCGAGUUGAAAAUUAAUUAAUGUUGAUCAUUUAUUUAGGUCGAGAUUUUAUUGAUUAAAUUUAACACAAUAUUCAGAGAUAUGAAGCUCAUUUGUAAUAGACGUACUUGAUCGAAUAUCAUAAUUACAUGAUUAGUGAUGAAUCUGAUAUAAUUUUAGUUUUACUAAACAUGCCUAUAAUUGGAAUAAUGUUUCCAGUCCUAUUUCAGAAUUUUCAGAUCGAGUAUGAAUAUUUUAUCAUAAGGUCAAAAUUGAGUCGUAUUGAAAUUUAAGAAAUAAUGAUGCGAUAAAAGCAGCUAUAUUUAUCUAAGUAUCAGUUUUAUUAGCCAGAAACUUGUCAAGAUUACCUAAUAUAUUUCAAUCUUUUCCCCAAGAUUAUCUCAUCAUUUUUAAAAGUAAUGUCUAGUGAAACAUUUUCUGAAUUUUUUCAACGUUGUUUUCUCAAUUGUACAUGAUGAAGUCAUCCUUCCUAAUCGUUUCAAUCUUCGCAUUUGGACCAAUAUUCACAAAAUGUAAUAAUUCUACAUCCAGUGCAAUUAAUGGAACAAUAUCAUCAACUUCCUCUAAUUCCAAUUCAACGAUGAAAUCCUACGAAACUCGAAUACUCCUCACAAACACCAAUACAGAUCUCAUUGCACAUCCUACUCCUCCAAGACCAACUACUCUCGAGGAACUAAUCUGCCAUAACAAGUUAUUCAUCGAUAAUUCAUUAUUAAUCCAUUAUUUAUACCUCAAUAAUAGAACUCUAAUCGCAUUACCUCUCGCAUUUGGAAAAACCACCAGUCUCCAAAUGUUAAAAACAUUUUUCCAAAUCGAAAUAGAUGAAACUACCGGAGAAAGAUUGAAACCGGAGGAAACUAAAUCUCACAAGCUUUUCGUCAAAAGAGAAAUAACUUGUAGUAAUAGUAACCAAACAGUAAAUAUACAAGAUGAAUUCCUCAUCAACGAUGGAAAUUAUAGCGAUGUAUUGAAACUAAUGGGUACAAAACCAGUCAUCCAUCUAGAUCUGCAUGUUUCAGAAUCUCCUAAAACGAUCCAAGAUGUUGAAAACUUGUUACGAAAUCGUUUGAAGAACUCUAUUCUAGAGCACGAUUAUCUUAAACAUAAUUUAUCCCAGUAUGAAGCUCAUCGUAGCAAAUACAAAGAUCUUUUAGAUCACCUGAAUUCCACUAGAAUAUCUGAAAUGUCUCAGACGUUACCUAGUUUAGCUACCAUACUCGCAGAUAUUUUCAAUCAAACCGUUAUCGUCUUGAUAGACGACUACGAUGCACCUUUGAAUAAAAUCUUCGAUAUUCUAACCAUCGAAAAAGAUCAGAAGACUGCAAUAUCUCACAUCAAAUCUAUAUACAGAUCACUGAUCAAUUCUUCAUUCGUUCAAUACGUCUUCAUCACCGGUACCUAUUACUGGGCAGAUCCUGAACUAUUUCCAGAAUCAGAAUUCGCAUUAAACACUGUAGCAGGAGGAGAAGCAAUCAACUUCUACGGUUUUACAGAAAAUCAGAUUGAAAUGAUUUUCAAACAGACAAACAUGGAGCAGUAUUUAGCCCAAGUUAAAUCAUACUAUAAAGCGUACGAUUUCGGAAUUUCGGAAGAAUUACUAAAAUACAACCCAUACUCCAUCACAGCUUCUAUCGCCAACCCUAACCAAAUAGGUUCGCUUUGGAUAUCCAUCGAGACCACCUCAACAAUAACGCUGAUUAAGCAUUUAGUCAAAUACACCGAUUUCAACAAACAGCUUUACCAAGUCCUCAUCGGAGGUUAUAUCCCAAUACAGAUCCACCCUUUGAAAAAAACACCCACUCGAGUACUCUCGUUCACAUUCGAUGACUUUUCAAAGCAAUCUUCAGCCAUUAAAAACUCAUCUUUACUCGAUACAAUCGAAUGGUACUCGAGGCACAAUCUAGACUCAACGAUCGGAUUCAAAACCUUGUUCGCAACAGGAUACCUGACUCGAGUCCGCGAUACAGAAUCAUUACAUCAUAUCGAUCUCGAACGAACCAUUUUAGCUAAACCAGCUAAUCUGGAAAUCAAAAAACACCUAUGGUCUCAGUACGACUCCAUUUUAGGUAUUUCGACGGCAGAUACCGUAGAUAGAACUCAGGAAUUACUCGAAGCAUCGACGAAUUUCAACGAAUUAUUAAUACAACUCAUCAGUACAAACUACACCAAUUGCAAACAUUUCGCUAUUCACUUGAAGAAAUUAAUGAAAUCGUAUAAACCUCUAGGAAUGCAAACACCCGGAGCUGCUGUACAUUAUAACGAAAGGAUAAUCGAAUCAUUGAUCGAAACGCAUAUUUUAUCCAGCGUGUAUAAAUUGGAUAUCCUUUCGAGAGAAAUUAGAGCAAUGUUUAAUUGGAUCAAUCGUAAUAGACCUGAUGUAGUUUUAAUUACACGUGAAAGAAGAAUGGUUAUUAUUCAAUUCAAGUAUGGAAACUUAGCUACGCCGAAAGAAGUAAUGGAUGAGGCGAAGGAGUACGCGGCUUGGUAUCUGGAGAAAAGAAACGAGAGAAAUUACGGCCACAUUUCGGAUUUUAAAUUAAUUACUGUUAUAGUACGAAGGACUUUGAAGAAACGUAUAGAAGUAGAUGUUGAGAUUUUACCUCGUAAGGAUAUCGAAAACAUAAUCGUUAGUUCUACUCGUGGUCAACCAAGGUGGAAGUCUUGAUGAAAGAAGUCAAGCACGAGUACACUAUGUACAAAGUAACCAGUAUUAGUAAAAGUUUCUCCACGAAGGGAUUCUAUUUCAAGAUCUUCGAUCGAUUGAAUUUUGAAACUCAGAGAAAAGAAUCAGGAAUCGAAGGACUAGAUUUAGAAAUUUCUGAGAAACGAACUCAUUACCAUCAAUCUAUUGAUUUAAGAUUUAAGUUUUAUCAACUAAUUUAUAUUGUACAAAAAUAAAACUAUUUGAUAUUUUAAAAUACACGUAUAAUUACAUAAA